AUGUUCCACUUGAGCUGCCGUCCUUCAUGGUCCUCUCUAGCCUUACAGGCAUUCAGGAGAUUUUUGGCCGUGCCGGCAGCAGCGCCCCCCGUGGGCCAGCCCAAGGGUGCCACUAACGGGCCCUACGCCACCCCGCGCCUCUCCAUCUCCUCCCGAGCCACGGUGGUAGCCAGGAUGGAAGGCACCUCCCAGGGGGGCCUGCAGACCGUCAUGAAGUGGAAAACCGUUGUCGCGAUCUUCGUGGUUGUGGUGGUCUACCUUGUCACCGGCGGUCUGGUCUUCCGGGCCUUGGAGCAGCCCUUCGAGAGCAGCCAGAAGAACACCAUUGCCUUGGAGAAGGCGGAAUUCCUGCGGGAUCAUAUCUGCGUGAGCCCACAGGAGCUGGAGACGCUGAUCCAGCAUGCCCUUGAUGCUGACAACGCAGGAGUAAGUCCAAUAGGAAACUCUUCCAACAACAGCAGUCACUGGGACCUUGGAAGUGCCUUUUUCUUUGCUGGGACUGUCAUCACCACCAUAGGGUAUGGGAAUAUUGCUCCAAGCACUGAAGGAGGCAAAAUCUUUUGUAUUUUAUAUGCCAUCUUUGGAAUUCCGCUCUUUGGUUUCUUAUUGGCUGGAAUUGGAGACCAACUUGGAACCAUCUUUGGGAAGAGCAUUGCAAGAGUGGAGAAGGUCUUUCGAAAAAAGCAAGUGAGCCAGACCAAGAUCCGGGUCAUCUCAACCAUCCUGUUCAUCUUGGCCGGCUGCAUUGUAUUUGUGACGAUCCCCGCUGUCAUUUUCAAAUAUAUCGAGGGAUGGACCGCCUUGGAGUCCAUUUACUUUGUCGUGGUCACCCUCACCACGGUGGGCUUUGGUGAUUUUGUGGCAGGGGGAAAUGCUGGCAUCAAUUACCGGGAGUGGUACAAGCCCCUGGUGUGGUUUUGGAUCCUGGUUGGCCUUGCCUACUUUGCAGCUGUCCUCAGUAUGAUUGGAGAUUGGCUACGGGUUCUAUCCAAAAAGACAAAAGAAGAGGUUGGUGAAAUCAAGGCCCACGCGGCCGAGUGGAAGGCCAACGUGACGGCCGAGUUCCGGGAGACGCGGCGGCGGCUCAGCGUGGAGAUCCACGACAAGCUGCAGCGGGCGGCCACCAUCCGCAGCAUGGAGCGCCGGCGCCUGGGCCUGGACCAGAGGGCCCACUCGCUGGACAUGCUGUCGCCGGAGAAGCGCUCAGUCUUCGCCGCCCUGGACACGGGCCGCUUCAAGGCCUCGUCCCAGGAGAGCAUCAACAACCGGCCCAACAACCUGCGUCUCAAGGGCUCCGAGCAGCUGAACAAACACGGGCAGGGAGCCUCUGAGGACAACAUCAUCAACAAGUUCGGAUCCACCUCCAGACUCACCAAGAGGAAAAACAAGGACCUCAAAAAGACCUUGCCCGAGGACGUUCACAAAAUCUACAAGACCUUCCGGAAUUACUCCCUGGACGAAGAGAAGAAGGAGGAGGAGACGGAGAAGAUGUGCAACUCGGACCACUCCAGCACGGCCAUGCUGACCGAGUGCAUCCAGCAGCAGGCGGGCGUGGAGAACGGGAUGGUCCCCACGGACACCAAAGACAGGGAACUCGAGAACAACGCAUUACUUGAAGACAGAAACUAAAUGCUGAGGACCUUGGACUUGACCAAGUGUUGUGUUUUUUGUUUGUUUGUUUGUUUUUGUUUUUUUAUAUUCACCCUGAGACACGUGCCUUAAAACAGACUUCUCGGUAGUCCGAAAUUACAUAGCAUUGAAGAAAAAUUUCACUGUGCCAUAAACGACGGAGAAAGAGCGCUCUGCCAAAAGGAAUCAAAGAACACGGACCGCACUUCCGUCAGGGGCCGCAGGACACGCCGGGAGUGUUUGCACACGCAGGAGGUCGUGGCCACGGAAGUUAAGGGCGGGUAUGGGACGGUGCUGUGCCCCCUGAGCGGCGCCGCCCGGGCCUGGCAUGGAGAAAGGGCAGCUAUUCCUCAGACCAGCCUUCUGAAAGGAACACGUGUGGCUUUUACACGGAGCCUCGUUUCCUGAACCUACCGUUAGAGAUAUGCACACACACAGAAGGGGACCGGAUGGGGGCUGAACUAGUACCUGUAAUGAGGGUUCGAGUUGACAUUGUGGCAUGUUGCUCUGAGCUUGAAUUUUGAUACACAGCCUCAGUGCACAGCUAGUCUUUCUGAGCUCCAAGCGAAUGUCCGUGGGACCCGGGAGCAUGUGGACUUUGUGAGAAACAGAUCAGAGCACACAUAUUAAAAGGUGCAAUUGCUUUCCUCAUUACAAAAGAAAAAAAAAAUCACAAAUGCAUCACACUGUGGAUAUCACCUUAACCAAGGACAGAAGCCUAUUGAAUUUUGUCUCUCGACAAAUGAAGAAUGAACUUGCAAGCUUUGGCGAAAACUCAACCUCAUUCGCUGCAUGGUUACGGG